AUGUGGGGAACCAGCCUUUGUUCCCAUCAUCGUGAGAAGCAGAAUCAGGAGGAGCAGGACAAUGUGGAGCUGGAGUCAAGAGAAAAGGUUUACAAGACCCUUAACGAUGAGCUGGUGGUGAUCGAGGGCAUGAAGUUCGAUCGUGGCUACAUUUCGCCGUACUUUAUCAACUCCUCGAAGGACGCCAAGGUGGAGUUCCAGGAUGCCCUGCUCCUCUCGGUCCAAAGCAUCAUUCCUGCUCAGGAGUUUGCCAAUGCGCAGCGCAAGCCUUUGGUGAUCAUUGCCAGGGACAUCGAUGGCGAGGCUCUGAGCACCCUGGUGGUGAACCGCCUGAAGAUCGGCCUGCAGGUGGCUGCCGUCAUGGCUUCCGGCUUCGGUGACAACCGGAAGAGCACCCUUACCGACAUGGCCAUCGCCUCCGGCGGCAUUGUCUUCGGCGAUGAUGUUGAUCUCGUCAAGCUGGAGGACGUAAAGUUCAGCGACUUGGAAGAGGUGGGUGAGUUUGUGAUCACCAAAGACGGCACCCUGCUUCUGAAGGGCAAGGGCAAGAAGGAGGAUGUGCUGCUUCGCGCCAACCAUAUCAAGGAGCAUAUUGAAGACACCACCUUCGAGUACGAGAAGAAGAAGCUGCAGGAGCACCUGGCCCGCUUGACCUCGGGCGUUGCCCUGCUGCGGGUCGACGGCUCCAGCGAGGUUGAGGUCAACCAGAAGGACCGCGUCCACGAUGCCCGGAACGCCACCCGUGUGGCGGUCGAAGGGGGAAUCGUUCCCGAAGGCGGCACCGCUCUUCUGAGCUAUCAGAUCCUUGGCGUUGAGAUUGUCCGUCGUGAACUGCGCAUGCCCUGCAUGACGAUUGCCAAGAACGCCGGCGUCGAUGGCGCUAUGGUCGGGGUCAAGGUGGAGACCCAGACCGGUGACUACGGCUACGAUGCGCUGAAGGGCGAGUACGGCAACUUGAUCGAGAAGAGCAUCCAUCCAGAUUCACACCUCUUUUGA